AUGCCGAGGUGUUCACUCAGCAAGACGUUCUUCAUAAGGAUCGACCUCGAUACGCCGGUCGAUAUGCUCGCCUCCGCCGUCUUCUUCACCAUCGCCUUCUUGGUUGGCCUGGGAAGCUCCAGGCCUUCUCUUGUAUCAUUAGGAGACCGCUUUUCUGUGGAAAACGAGUCGAGGGAAGUCCGCUUGGCCGCCAUUAAGCGCCUUUUGGAGGUUUUCGGCAUGGAAGAUCCUCCUGCUUCUCAGGGUCGAGGCCACAAGCAGCCUCCUCAGUACAUGCUCGAUUUGUACAACACGGUGGCGGAUGUGGACGGGGUUACCAAAGACCCUACUUUACUAGCUGGAAAUACAGUCCGAAGUUUCUUUGACAAAUUACACAGCCAACAGGUCGAGUUCAUGUUCAACUUGUCCACCGUGGCCAGAAAUGAGAAGGUUCUUACAGCAGAGCUGCAUCUGUUUAAACUGAGGCCUCAAGCAUCACUCACUUUCAACAGACAUCACUUCUGUCAGGUCAGUGUUUAUCAGCUUCUCGAUAACACCAAACUGAACGUCUCACACGGAAAGAAGCUCGUGUCUUCGAGACUCAUUCCUGUUCAUUCGAACGGCUGGGAAGUUUUCACCAUCACACAAGCGGUUCGCACAUGGAUGGUGGAUGCAACCAGCAACCUAGGGCUCCUGGUGACCAUCCGGACUCUGGCAGGGAUUCAGCUGGACAUGCGGACUGUGCGUUUUGCCUCAGGGCAAAAUCACCAUCACAGUAAGCAGCCCAUGCUGGUUCUCUUCACUGAUGAUGGCAGACGUGUCGCCUCUCCAGAAGGUGCUCUAAAAGGUUCUGAUGAUUCGCUGGCCAGUCCCAAGCUCCCUCUGCCCAGCCUGACACUCUCGGGCCCUGGGCAUCGUAGUGCUCGCUCCCUUGACUAUGAUGAAGACCCAGAAAGAACAUGCCAGAGACUGCCACUGUAUGUUGACUUUGAGGAGAUUGGCUGGUCUGGGUGGAUUGUGUCUCCCCGUGGCUACAAUGCAUACCACUGCAAAGGGUCUUGUCCCUUUCCUCUGGGCCAGAACAUGAGACCCACCAACCAUGCCACUGUUCAGUCCAUUAUCAAUGCACUCAAGCUUACCAAGGGCAUUGAGACACCGUGUUGUGUGCCAGACAAGCUCUUCUCCAUUAACCUCCUGUACUUCGAUGAUGAUGAGAAUGUAGUGCUUAAACAGUAUGACGACAUGGUCGCCGGAAGCUGUGGUUGCCACUAAAAUCACAAAUCUGUUUUUAAAGAUUCCAAGUUUCUAUUUAGCUGAAAAAACAUCUGCCAAACAAGGAAUGUGGCUUGUUGGAUUCAUGAAGUUUUGUUAUUUUACUGUAAAGUCAAUAGCACUGAUGAAUGGUGUGUGGUAUUCUGUAAAACUGGACUGGAACCCAGCUGAAAUGACAGACUGCUUCUUACAGCUUUGUAUUAUAUGUAAAUAGAUAUAAAUACUAAUAUAUGGAGGAGGUUGAGUGGCGCCUUGUACAUUUGUAUAUCGCAUGUUGUGAACUAUUAUAAAGUUUUAAAUAAAUUGUAAAACAAAAACA